AUGGAAAUUAAGAGUCUUCCUCAAGAUCCGGGAAAGAGGAAAAAUAUGAGUGAUUUCCAUAAUGAUGAUAGAGAUUAUAUUAGGAGAUUCUAUAUUGAUAGAGGACUUUGUCAACCGGUAAAGCAUGACUUUCCUUUUAGAGAUUUUGGGAAAAGUAGUCGCCGCUUCAAUCCUACUUGGUUUCAGAAGUAUGACACUUGGAUUGAGUAUAGUGUGGAAAAAGAUGCUGCCUUUUGUUUUGCUUGCUAUUUGUUCAAGAAAGACAAUGAAGGUUCUGAUGCUUUUGUUAGUGAGGGGUUUAGAACUUGGAGUAAACCAGAUGCACUCAAUAAGCAUAUUGGUGGACAUAUGAGUGUUCACAAUAAAGCCAUGACGAGUCUUGCUGACUUUAAAAAUCAAAAGGAUAGUCUUCCAUCUGCUUUCAGUAAUCAAUCGCAAGAAAUGGCAAGCAAUUAUCGGAAGCGAUUAGAAGCUUCUGUUAAAUGUGUGAAGUACUUAUUACUUCAAGGGUUGUCUUUCCGUGGCCAUCUUAAAAAUUCUGAUUCUUUGAAUCAAGGAAAUUUCCUUGAACUCCUUAAAUUUCAUGCAAAAGAUAGACUUGAUGUUGAAAAGGUUGUAUUGGAAAACGCUCCGGGAAAUUGCCAAAUGACUGCUCCUUGCAUCCAAAAAGACAUCAUAGAUGCUUGUGCAAAAGAAACAACGAAAGUCAUGCUUGAUGAAAUUGGUCAUGAUUUUUUUGCUAUCCUUGCUGAUGAGUCCGCAGAUAUAUCUGAUAAAGAACAAAUGGCUCUUUGUUUGCGAUACAUUGAUAGAAAUGGUGGAUUGAAUGAACGUUUUCUUGGUUUGGUUCAUGUGCCUAACACCACUUCUUUAACUCUUAAAGAGGCAAUUGAAUCGUUGCUUAUGGAGCAUUCUCUUAGUCUUUCUAGAGUUCGGGGACAAGGAUAUGAUGGUGCUAGUAACAUGCGAGGUGAAAUAGCUGGUCUAAAAACUCUAAUAACUGAUGAGUGUCCACAAGCAUAUUAUGUUCAUUGUUUUGCUCACCAACUUCAAUUGACACUAGUUGCCGUUGCCAAGAAAAACUCUGAUUGUAGUUGGCUUUUUCUUGAUGUGCUUCCAUUGUUGUUGAAUUUUGUUGGUGGUUCACCUAAACGAAAAGAAUUUCUUCGACAAAAUCAAAGAACACGUGUUGUAGAAGCUUUAUCCUCGGGUGAAAUAGAAUCUGGCACUGGUUUGAAUCAAGAUAAAUCUUUAAGUAGGCCUGGUGACACUCGAUGGGGAUCUCAUUUUAAAACAAUUGUGAAUGUUCUUGAUUUAUAUCGUCCAAUCCUUGAGUCACUUGAUGCUAUUGCUGAAUCUUCCAUUGAAAAGGCCGACAAAAACAAAGCAUGUGCAAUCAUUAAUUUGUUGAUGACUUUUGAUUUUGUUUUUGUGGCAUACUUGAUGACAUCUAUUUUUGGGAUCACACAUGAGUUGAAUUUGGCUUUACAAAAGAGUGAUCAAGAUAUUGUGAAUGCUAUGACUUUGGUUGAUGUGACUAAGAGGAAUUUGCAAAAGCUAAGAGAUGGUGGAUGGGAUGCUCAUAUGACUAAAGUAUCUUCCUUUUUGACAAAACAUGACAUUGAGAUUCUGAACAUGGAGGGAAUGUAUGUUGCACCGGGGAGAAGAAUGUUUCGGGGUAAUACUUCACAAGUGACAAAUCUUCAUCAUUUUCGGGUUGAGGUUUUUCUAAGUGUUAUUGAUCAACAAUUGCAAGAAAUUGAAAAUCGAUUUAGUGAGAAAAGUAAGGAAUUACUUAUUUGCAUGUCUUGCUUUAAUCCUUCUAAUCGGUUUGCAUCAUAUGAUAAAGAAAAAUUGCUAAGGCUUGCUGAGUUUUAUCCAAAUGAAUUUUCAAGUGCUGAAAUGUUCUUUUUUGAACAUUCAUUGGAUAACUUCAUUGAAGAUGUUCGAAAUGAUGAGAGGUUUUGGAAUGUGAAGACUCUCAAUGAGCUUUCUAUAAAGCUUGUUGAAACAAAAAAACAUGAAACUCAUUCAAAAGUUUAUUUGCUUUUGAAGUUGGUGUUAAUUCUUCCUGUGGCGACUGCAAGUGUAGAAAGAGCAUUCUCUACUAUGACUAUGAUCAAAAAUAAAUUACGAAAUAGCAUGGGAGAUGGAUUGCUAAAUGAUUGUUUAGUUACUUUUCUUGAAAAAGAUUUGUUUUGUGAUGUAGAAGUUGAUGCGAUUGUAAAUCGGUUCCAAAAUUUGAGGACCCGACGUGAACAAUUGUAA